UGUUAUCUUUCCCUUCAAGCUUUCUAUAUGAAUUAGUUUUUUUCUUUUCGUUGAAAUUAAUGACUAAUGAUGUGUUGGAACUGGUGCCAUAUUGCUAAAGGAAAUUUGAGAUUGUGAUGUGCUACCUGCUGCCAUUUCAUGGCAUAAGUUGUUAAUUACUGUAAUGAAUGCUUUGUUCGUCGUGUUUCUCUACGUGUGUUCUUCUUUGAUUCAACCAAAGUAUGUUUGAUUAAAAAUUUAGCCCCAUUUUUGGUGGCCCAAAAACCUUUCAGAUGGAUUAUGAACGAAAUAGGGCCGGGUUAGUCCCUGGCCCCAAAACAUGCGAUCUAUUUCCAUUUUCUUCUGGAAAACCACUUCCCUGAGCACUUGACAGCCACCCCUCACUCUCGCCGCCUCCCGCCGCCUCCCGCCGCCUCCCUCGCCAUGCUGGAUUUCGGAUGGAGCUUCCCUAUCAUCUUAUACUGAACACAUUGCGAGAUGGUAGAGAGGGUGGUCCUCUUGGGGAGCACAAUUGCGAGGUUUUCGCGAAGGUUUUGGAAUCCGUGAAUUGUUUAUCGGAACUGCCUCUCGGACACUGCAAGUUGCUGAAACGAGCUCGUGAAAGGAGGUGGUGGAGGCGGCGGUGGCCUGAGAAAACGUGUCAGUGACGGUGUUAUAUGUUUGUGUCCACCGUGGUUGAAGAUAGUGGUGAAGGCGUUUGCAUUUGUGAACAUUUUUUCCGCGUUUAUUUAUUUGCAACUUCGAGAUUUGACCUCGAGUCUGCUGGAGGAGGCGCUUAGUGAGCUUGCUAAGUUUGGGGUUAAACUUGGCCUCGGUGACAUCAAGAAUCUUUCGCUUCUCUGUCCUCGUAUGGUAUGUUUCAGGGAUGAUGUAGAGAAGACAAGUUUUGGUGAUAACAUUCUUGUCCUUAAUCAUUCAACAGACAAUAAAGAUCUAGUUGAAGAAAAUCCUAAAAGAGCGCGCAAGUGGUUGUAUAUUUCAAAGACUGUCAGUACAUCGAAGAGAAGGGACAGUUCUUUCCUUAAAUUUCUAGGAUGGGCUUUUGAACAGCUGCCGGAGUUGAUUGCAUAAAAAGAAUAUGAUUGAGAGAAGCUAUGAAUUAGCUGAGAUGCUCUUUAGGUUAUAGAAGUCAUCAGUCAUUAUACAUGAAAAGGAGGGAUCUUUUAGUCAAGCUAUUGGGGACCUGCUGUAGUAAGAUAUCAGUUACACAGUUGCACUCACAGUGUUUGAAACUAGGCCUCACCCAUGAUAGUUUCGUUGUUACAAAGCUUAAUGUUCUUUAUGCUAGAUAUGCAGCCCUUUUUCAUGCACAUAGGCUGUUUGAAGAAACAACUUGCAGAACUGCCUAUUUAUGGAAUGCUUUGCUUAGGAGCUACUUUAUGGAGGGAAGAUGGGUGGAGACAUUAUCUCUAUUCUAUCAAAUGAGUGCCAAUGCAGUGUCAAGUGAGGAAAAACCUGACAAUUACACACUGUCUAUUGCUCUAAAAUCGUGUGCAGGUUUGAGGAAGCUUGAGCAGGGGAAAAUGAUUCAUGGAUUUCUCAAGAAGAGGAAGAUAGAUAAUGACAUGUAUGUAGGGUCUGCACUGAUUGAGCUGUACUCAAAAUGUGGACAAAUGAAUGAUGCUUUGAUAGUGUUUACUGAGUAUUCAAAACCAGAUGUGGUUUUAUGGACUUCAAUAGUUACUGGGUAUGAGCAGAAUGGCUGUCCUGAACUUGCACUUGCAUUUUUCUCCCGAAUGGUUGUGUUGGAGCAAGUAAGUCCCGAUCCAGUAACACUUGUUAGCGCUGCUUCUGCUUGUGCCCAGUUAUCUGAUUUUAACACAGGAAGAAGUGUACAUGGAUUUGUGAAACGAAUGGGUUUUGACACCAAGUUAUGUUUGACCAAUUCUAUGCUAAAUAUGUAUGGAAAACUUGGUUCUAUUAAGAGUGCAGCUAAUUUGUUCAGGGAAAUGCCAAAUAAGGAUAUUGUAUCAUGGAGCUCAAUGAUUGCGUGUUAUGCUGAUAACGGAGCUGAAACCAACGCAUUAGAUCUUUUCAAUGAAAUGAUAGAUAAAAGAAUUGAACCCAAUAGGGUUACAGUGAUUAGUGCAUUGAGGGCUUGUGCUUCCAGUUCAAAUUUGGAAGAAGGUACACAUAUCCAUAAAUUGGCAAUCAACUAUGGAUUCGAGUUGGAUAUCAUUGUCUCUACAGCUCUUAUUGAUAUGUACAUGAAGUGUUUUUCGCCCGCAAAAGCAAUUGAGCUUUUCAACAGAAUGCCCAAUAAAGAUGUAGUUUCUUGGGCUGUUUUGUUUAGUGGGUAUGCUGAAGUUGGAAUGGCACACAUGUCCUUGAGGUUAUUUUGCAACAUGUUAUCGAGUGGAACACGACCUGAUGCUAUUGCUCUGGUGAAGAUUCUUACUGCAAGUUCAGAAUUAGGGAUUCUUCAACAAGCUUUGUGCCUUCAUACUUUUAUAACUAAAAGUGGAUUUGAAAAUAAUGAAUUUAUUGGAGCAUCACUCAUAGAGUUGUAUGCAAAAUGUAGUAGCAUAGAUAAUGCUAACAAGUUUUUUAGAGGAUUGGCUCAUAAAGAUGUUGUUACCUGGAGCUCAAUGAUUUCUGCAUAUGGAUUCCAUGGGCAAGGAGAAGAGGCUUUGAAAUUAUUUUAUGAGAUGACUAAUCAUUCAGAUGUUCAGCCUAACAAAGUAACCUUUGUCUCAAUUCUAUCUGCCUGUAGUCAUGCAGGUUUGAUUGAAGAUGGGAUAAAGAUGUUUCACGUCAUGGUGAAUGAGUAUCAAUUGAUGCCCAAUUCAGAGCAUUACGGUAUUAUGGUUGAUCUUCUUGGUCGAAUGGGAGAGUUGGAUGGGGCCUUGGACUUGAUUAAUGGCAUGCCCAUGCAAGCUGGCCCGCAUGUAUGGGGAGCCUUACUUGGUGCAUGUCGUAUACAUGAAAAUAUAAAGAUGGGGGAGUUUGCAGCUCAGAAUCUUUUCGUGUUAGACCCUAAUCAUGCAGGGUAUUAUAUACUGUUAUCAAAUAUAUAUUGUGUGGACAAUAAUUGGCUUGAUGCUGCAAAAGUCAGGACAUUGAUAAAGGAAAAUAGGCUGAAGAAGACUGUUGGUCAAAGCAUGGUUGAGAUAAAGAAUAAAGUUUACAGUUUCGUUGCUGGUGACAGAUUGCAUGGUGAAUCUGAUCAGAUUUAUGAAAUGCUAAGAAAAUUAAAUGCAAAAAUGAGGGAAGAAGGCUAUGAUCCUCCAAUAUUGUCACAGGAAAUACAGUUCUAGUAUCGGCUAUGUGGAACAUUAAAUCUGAUGGGAAGUUAUCCGAUGGCAGAACCAACCACCAAAAAAAUACCUUGAAAUCUAAAUGGUUAAAGGAUUUUAUGGAUGACAUCAAGAUAUUAAAAUAUUAUUUUAAUUCCUGGAAGCUAAAUGAUGACACUUACAAGGCCAUUAUUGCUGACAUCUUUUAGAUUAUAUAGUGUACUCCCCCUUAUUAUAAUUAAAUAGUGAAAAAUUUCAUGUUUUAUUUUUUUACUUUUCAAUAGCUCUUGAUGAUAGAUAGCUUAAGUUUAAGCACUGUAGUUGAUAGCCUUUCAGUUAAACUGCUGUACUUAGAUUGUAGAAGUUUUUUGUGUUUAGAAAAUACCUUUGCAGGCACUUUUCUGCAGUUUGAUUUCUUCACAAUGAGCAAUUUGAGAAUUAAGUACAUUGGUUGA